AUGUUCAGCUCAGCCCUGAAAUCGUUUUCGUCCAACAUAAACUCGAAUUAUACAAUCUCCUCUACGCCCAGUUCAACUUCUGGGCCAUGGAAAAUAUAUGAUGGGAAAAAGAAGUCAACAGCUAAAGCGGUGUCGAUAUUCGUCCUCGAUCGCAAAUCUUUGGACUCGAAUGCAGGCUCUCUAGGUCGUUCGAGCGCUUCUUCAAUAAAGAAAGCAACAGAAGAGGUGGUAGAAAGAUUGAAGAAGGAGGCAUCUUCUCUGGCUAGACUGCGACAUCCCAACAUUCUCGAGCUUGUGGAACCUGUGGAGGAUACAAGAAAUGGAGGUUUACAGUUUGCUACGGAGAUUGUGACGGCGUCUUUGUCAGGCUUGUUGCAAGAAAAAGACGACCAAGAGAGAGCUGGAGGCGUUGGGGGUCGAUCGAGUCGAUAUGUCACAGAAGAUUCUGAAGGCGGCAGGAGGCGGCGUGAGCUGGAGAUUGAUGAGCUGGAAAUACAAAAGGGCUUAUUGCAAGUCAGCAAAGCUCUGGAAUUUUUGCACGAUAAUGCAGGUUUGGUUCAUGGUAACUUGACGCCUGAUGCCAUCUUCAUUAACGCCAAGUCGGAUUGGAAAAUCAGUGGAUUGGCAUUCUCAAGUCCGCCCGACAACUCCACGAAAGCUUCCUCAGUACAGCCAAUUAACCUCUCCGAGGUAUUGAAUAUUGAUCCAAGGAUACCUCGUUCAGUACAGAUGAACCUUGACUACUGUUCCCCAGACUUUGUAUUAGAUUCAAACUUGAAUAUUGGAGCAGAUAUGUUUUCGAUGGGAUUGUUGAUCAUUGCCCUGUAUAACUCACCACAUACGUCCCCUUUACAGACUAACUCUAGCAUAUCGACGUAUAAACGCAUAUUUUCUGCCCAAUCGACCAUACCAUCGGCCAACAACAGCUUUCUUUCCUCUCGUCCCAUACCAAGAGACUUGACUGCUAGCGUAUUACCGCGAUUGAUAACAAGACGUCCAGCUCAGCGAAUGACAGCAAAGGAAUUUCAACAGAGUGAUUAUUUCGACAACAUUCUGAUGUCCACAAUUCGAUUCUUAGAUGCCCUGCCAGCAAAGACCCCGACCGAAAAGGCUCAAUUUAUGCGAGGGCUUGCUCGGGUCCUACCAUCGUUUCCAAAGUCCGUUCUCGACAAGAAAUUACUUCCUGCUUUAUUGGAAGAGAUGAAGGAUCGUGAAUUACUGUCCUUGAUCUUGCAAAACAUAUUCAAGAUAAUCGACUUAUUACCAUCUGGACGGCGGCCAUUUACAGAAAAGAUAAUGCCCAGAUUGAAAGAAAUCUUCGUGGCCCCGGUGAACGCCAAAGGACCAGCACCAGAGCGUGAUCCUGCCAAGGAAGCUGGUCUGAUGGUGCUUUUGGACCACAUCAAGGAAAUUUCAAAUAACUGCUCCGGAAAGGAGUUUAAGGAUAACAUUCUUCCUAUCAUACAUCUUGCUAUUGAAUCUCCAACUCAUACAAUCGUUGAUUCCGCGCUACGAAGCUUGCCAAUCGUUCUCCCGGUGCUCGACUUUAGCACAAUCAAGAACGAACUUUUCCCUGUAAUCGCCUCUGUAUUUACCAAAACUAGCAGUCUUGGUAUUAAAGUACGAGGUUUGGAGGCCUUUGUGAUUUUGUGUGGAGGAUCAAAUGAUCCUGCAGCUAGCAACGAUGGUCUAGAUGGUAUCAUGAACUCGACAGCUAGUAAAAAAAGUUCGUCAACUGCGCUUGACAAGUAUACCAUGCAGGAGAAAAUAGUCCCACUCAUUCGAGCAAUUAAAACUAAAGAACCAGCUGUGGCUAUGGCGUCACUCAACGCUCUGAGGCAAGUUGGUGGGGUGGCGGAUGCUGACUUUGUUGCAAUGGACAUUCUACCUAUUUUGUGGAGUAUGAGUUUGGGGCCUUUGCUUGAUCUGGCGCAAUUCCAGUCAUUCAUUGAGUUGAUCAAGAGUUUAUCGACUCGCGUCGAAGCUGAGCAAACCAAGAAGCUUCAAGAAUUGGCUGGUACGAACGGCACUGCUCAAAAGAGUGAUGACUUCAUGUCUUUUGGUGCGACUAACGCCUUUCCGUCGACCAAUGGGGCCUCGGAUGGUGGUGAUGUCGAUUUCGAGAGCCUCGUGAAAGGAAAUGCUGGCAUGAGUAAACCUUCAAAUUCGAUCGAUGGAGGUUGGGAUAGUUCGUCCCAUACAGCGACGGUGUCGACACAAGCACAGCCGCCGGCCUUCUCUUGGUCUACCCCAACGCCAGCGGCUGCCACAUCGACUUCUGGAGGCCUACAACCACAGCAGCGAGGACCACCAUCAAGGACAAUCACACCGGACCUUUCGCGCUUUGAAACUCUUUCCCCGACAUCAACUCAAUACUCACAACCGCUCCAACCAAAUCCGUUCAAUGCGCCGCUACAGCCCACAACAAACUCGUGGUCUCAGUCCUCCGCGCCUCAAGCCCCAGCGGUACUUCAAAGUCAACCGACUACUGUCAAUUGGGGAGCAGCCGCUGCCAACCCAUGGUCAAGUACGGCUAACUCGAGGCCGCUCAAUUCGACUACACCAAUGGGGAACAUUGGGAACUCAGUCUCAAAUUUGUCGUUGAAUCAGCAGAGACCUGCUAUGAGCGCACAAUCUUCGUUCUCCCUACCACCUCCCCCAGCUGCGAAUUCAUAUGUUCCACAGCAAACAAGCAUGAGCUCUUUCCCAGCACCACCUGCUUUUGGAGCUCAACAAAAGUCUUCUUUCCCACCGCCACCCACAUUUACAGCACCACAGAAUAAUGCGUUUCCCACAAGCUUUGGGAUGCCUUCUCAAGGCAAGCCUGGGCAAAAAACUGGGCUUGAUGCAUACGAAAGUUUGAUUUGA